GCUUUUUCCUUUUACUCCCUUUAUUUUCCUGCAGUCAAUUGCUUCAGCAGACAUGGAUUCGAAUCAGCUGGAAGCUUUCCUCACUGCCCAAACCAAAAAACAAGGUGGCAUCACAUCAGAUCAGGCUGCAGUCAUUGCAAAAUUUUGGAAGAACCACCGGACUCAAAUCCACGAGAGCUUGAUCAAUCAGAGCCGCUGGGAUAAUGUCUUGAAAAACAUGAACUGGCGAGUGGACCUGAAGUCACAGUUGAGGCACAUUGAUCAGAUGAACACUCCUGUUGCAAUAGUUGAAAUGGAACUGGGAAAAAACGGGCAGUCAGUGGAAGCUGAUCCUCCCCGAGCCUUCCACUCAUGGAUCUCUGCAGUGACCAAUACGAUAAUGGUGUGUGGCUUCAGGUUUUUUCCUAACCUCAAAGAAGUGGAGUUUUCUGCUCAGGAUCUCAAGAUUAAAAAUGAUUGUGUUCUGUUAGCAGCAAAUGGAAAAAGGUUACUUUGAAUAAAAAGGUUACAGGGAGCACAUUGUAAUAAGAAUGUUGAGUACAUUAGUGAGUAAAUGGGAUAAGUACCUGCAUCCAUUAAAAUAUGCAUUCUUAACUCA